AUGGUCAAAGCUUGGUUUAUGGAUGAUGAACAAAGUGAUCAACGCUUAGAGCACCAUCGAAACCCUCCAGAAUAUAUACCUCUUGAGGAUUUAUAUAAGAAAACGGGUGUCGAAUACUUUAACAUAAAUGUGAAUACAUAUUUAAUAGAUGGAGUGUUAGAUAAAAUCAAAAAAGAGAGAGGCUACACAUAUGAAGAUGAGAUAGCUUGCUCGAAGGAAUGCUUACCAAACUAUGAGGAAAAAAUUAAAUCUUUUUAUGAAGAACAUCUACACACUGAUGAGGAAAUCAGACUUGUGCUAGAAGGCUCUGGAUAUUUUGAUGUGCGUGAUGGAAAUGAUGAAUGGAUCAGAAUUGCUGUUUCGGCUGGAGACAUGAUCAUUAUCCCCAGUGGCAUCUACCAUCGGUUCACCCUUGACACUAACAAUUUCAUCAGAGCCAAACGAUUCUUCAUAGGUGAGCCUGUGUGGCUCCCAUACAACAGACCAGCAGAUGAGUUGCCUUGCAGAAAAGCAUACUUGGAUAAAUUGCAGGAAGGAUUUAUCGCAGCUUAU